AUGGUGGAGCAAACAGACUGGGACAAGUUUGUACAAACAGACUGGGACAAGUUUGUAACAUAUACACAAUCAGACAAGUUUAAGGAUGUGUCAAAUAAGAGAAAAAGAGCACGAUCAAAAUACGUUUAUGAUCAUCACUUGGGACGAGGAGGAUAUGCUUAUCUAAGAGACAAACUGGUACAAAAUAACGAACUUUCAGUUGAUGAGAUCCCCUCUCGUGCUUUAAUGUGGAGGAAAGCAAGGGAAAACAAAAACGGAGAAUACAAGAAUGUUGAUGUAAAAGACAUAGCUAAUAAAAUAAUUGACACUGAAACGCAAAUUAAAGAUGGAUCCGUGAACCUUGAUCCGGGCACGGAUGCACUCACAUUAGUAUUUGGCAAAGAAAAAGGUGGGUAUUUAAAAGGUGUUGGUUAUGGAGUGACUUCUAGUAGAUAUUGGCAGAGUCCUCGAACAAAAGGAUCAUCAAAAGAACGAAUUGCACAACUGGAGUUUCAACUACAUAACGAGAGACUUGAGCGUGGGAAAAAAGAUGAACAAAUUAAGACCCUUUCGAUGCAGAUGGCAGAAACAAACAACACACUUAAUCAAGUUUUAGCUCAUCUGGCUGCACAAGGACAAACAUUACAAAUAUGUUCAUUAUCUGCAGACAAAAUGUCACAAACACAAGUAAAUUCUUUGGAUAAACAUGACGGAUCAAAGCAUAAGGCCAAUGUUACCGCAUCUAAAAUAGGGCAAAAAGAAACGGCACCAACGGUAAAAUCUAUGAACAAUAGUACUGAAUCAAAGGACAAUACUAAUAUUACCACAUCUAACAUAUCAAGAAAAUGUGAAAACUAG